UGGAAUAAACUCCUACUGUCAGUUAGCUCAGCAACAGUCGUGCAGUGCAGCACGCAAUGAGAAUCCAUGGAUCUUUUAAAAAUAUUUGGCACUCCUAUGUCAGUAAAGUCAACCAGAGAAGAUGAAUGAAAUUGGGCUUCGGAGGACCCUCCCUGACCAGACAUCAGGGAGCGGGCACACCUUUGACACGUCGCACCACCCGAGCAUCACCAACACCAUCCUGUCAAAGCGGGUCUGCUUCUACAAAAGUGGGGAUCCUCAGUUCAGCGGCCUUCGCGUGGUCAUCAACAACCGGACCUUUAAAACGUUCGAUGCGCUCCUGGACAGUCUUUCCAAGAAGGUUCCCCUGCCAUUUGGAGUCCGGAACAUCACGACUCCGCGAGGGAUUCACGGCAUCAAUACUCUAGACGAGCUGGAGGAUGGGAAAUCGUACAUCUGCUCCGACACCAGGAAAGUCAAGCCCAUCGACCUGGCCCUGGCCCGGAGGAGGUUACCACCUUGGUACCAUGCGAGACCUGUUAGUUCUCGCCGCAGGACAGCAAGGUUUUUCCCAGGCAGGAAAAACAUCCACGGAGAUGGCAUUCGUACACCCAAAAAACUUGUGGUUUUCCGCAAUGGAGACCCCUCCUUCUGGCAUGUUGUGCUGCUACACAAGAAGACUACACCAAAUUAUGAGUCUAUCCUGGGACACAUCUCAGAGCUGAUGCAGUUCCAUGUGAGCAAACUACACACUCCAGAUGGACGACGGAUUGAUGGUCUUCCAGGUUUGAUUUUGUGCUCUGGAAGUGUGGUGGCUGUAGGCAGGGAGCCUUUCAGGCCUGCAGUGUACGGUGCAAAUAAAUCUCCAAGUCCAACAAGGCGGCCUACCAAGCAAAGGGCUUAUAAAAGACAAAGGACAUCAGUCUCCAAAAAAAUGACGCCUUCAUUUUCUUCAAAGUCUAGAAAUUUCUCUACGUCAUCUGAGAGGUACAUCGUCCAUCAGAUUCACAACAGUGUUGGCGAGAGCUCCUGUGACCUACCAACUAACUCCAUCGAGUCGGGUUCAGAUCGAAUACUGGAGUCUCUGGCAGAGACGGAGGAGGAAACCUGUCUCAGCAACGGGAAUGGUGAAGAAGGGCAGGACAGCGUUCUGCCCAGUGACGACAACAUCGAGAAGUCCUUUCGGGUGAAUCAGGAUGGCAGCAUGACGGUGGAGAUGAAGGUACGACUGACGAUUAAAGAAGAGGAAACAGUUCAGUGGACGACCACCCUGACACGCUCAGUUGCUGCAGAUCAGGCUGAUGUGGCAUGUUUGCCAGAUCCAGAACAGGAGGUUUGCUCAAAUCCUUCUCAAACUUCUGCCACUUCCACAGACAUUAUCUACAAGGACAGAACCAGAGAGGACAAUGACGAUGAUCCACCGUCACUUGGAAAUGGAGCUGUCAGUGACACUUUUCAGGAGGAGGAUGAUAAUAAAGACCACAAUGGGUCUUUGCCAUUAUCAAGAAGAGUCCCUACCCCAGGGUGCAAGAAAAUAAGCAAACUCCGAACUUCUGUGGAGAGCAUUAAAUCUGUAACUGUGGAUGAGAUUGAAGAAGGAAAGAUUGGUUCUUAUAUUUUCAGUGAAGAGACAGAGAACAGGACAACAGAGCAGUUCUACAUGGAGAAUCAGAACAGGACAAAACCAGUUCCCAAACCAAGACGACAUGGCUCUGUGGAUGUCAACAGCAGGGAUGUUUCUGCAUUCAAAUCCACUGAAAUUAUGCAGACUGAUUCCAGCGGAGAGGAAGUUACUGAAGCAGUCUUGCACAUAUAUGAACAACAGACAUAUCAUGACAAUUUUCUUGCAAAUGUUGGAGUUCAUGGUAUGUCUGCAUCUGGAGCUACCUCAGAAACCAGGCAGCUUUGCUCCAGUAAUGAAUUUGAACCUUCACCUUCACCAGCCUUUGAGCCAGUUAGCACGUACAGAACUGACAGCAGGUCUGUAACAUCAGAUUUGCACCUGGCCUCUCUAAAACCUGGUGCAGUCCAAGGAGCAAAAACAGAAACACUCCAGCAAUUUACAAAGAGUCACAACAAGCCUGGAGAAAAAGAGGUUAGGAAAGAUCAGAGGGUUUUCUCAAAACCUAAACUGGUCGGGAAACAUGUCAGGCUGGUUAUGACGCCAGGUAAGAGACAAAGGAAGAGUUCAACAAAAGCAGCUGAAAAACAUAAAACAGUGAAACCUUUCUCAAGCGCUGUCUUCAUCAAGAAAAUUUAUGGAGCUAAAACAAAGACAACAAAACACAUAAAAAGGAGAGCAACACCAACCUGGAACAACUUACCAAAGCCAAAUGCUAAAAAUGUACAUUUUCAGUUGUCUUUGAAAGAAAAGAACAAGCAAAUGUUGUUUAACACACAAACUGAAACAAGUCAUCCACAAAAAGAACUGAGCAAAAAUGAGUACUUGAAUAUUAAUAAAGGUGUGCCAUUGCAAUCAUUUUAUCCCUCCAGUUCUAUUGCUAAAGAGUAUGUAGAGAAUUGGCUUGAGAAGGCUCAUUCAAACCCAUCAUCAAACCAAGACAAAGAAAGUCAAACAGCAGGAGGGUUUACUGCUCUGCAAACACAGAAAAAGGUAGGAACAUUUUCAGAGGAAACAUCAGAAACAAGCAAAAUCUUUGAACUCUCUUCACCAGAAAAUGUGAUCUCCCCUUCAGUCAAGCUAAGAGUACAGUCUUUCGAAAACAAAUCAGUGCCUGCAGAGGAGAAAAUCAGAGUUACGGCAAAAAAUUCUGACAACCAUACAGCACAUGCAAAUGGAGAAAACUACAACAGCUUAAGCCAGAAAGAUGCACAGGCUACACCUCUACUAAACGGGAUCUGCUCUGAAAUACUUCCACCGAGAACUGAGACAGAAGAAGACAUGGCCACACUUAUUGGUACACUUUCCAUGGAGCUACCGCCACCACCGCCUGAUCUACUGAAUGCAGAUGAUUUCACAAAUAAUGCAAUAUCUAUAACCAGCAGCCCUAUGAGCAGUCAGAGAUCACAUAAUUAUUCCCUAAGUAGUAGUCCUACUUCUGACGAGGUCAUAUCACCAGAUGAUACCACAUUGGAAAAAUCAUCUUCUCAGAGCAAGAAUCAACAGGGAGCAGAAUUAUCUAGAACACCAUCCAUUAAAAGAGCUCCUUUGAUCAGUAAUCGCUCUUUGGAAAAACAAAUGUUUCUCAGAAAGGCCACUGUGGAUAAACAUGCUUCACAUAACAAUGGCAAUGAAGAGAGCAAGGCAUUAUCUACUCCCAUCAGCAGUACUGGAAAUGAAAUCUGUACAACAGGGACAACACAACAGGUUGAAGUCACAUCAGAGGAGACCAAGCAACCAAUCUUAGAGGUGGGCACUCCAUCUUUUUGUACUUCUGUGUCUCCACUUAGCUUAACCUCUGAUGGAAGAAUGUCUUCUUCCAGUGUUGUAUCAAGUGAAACAUCUGCUGUGGGGAAUAUUCCAUUUCACAUAACAAAACUUGAGACGCAAUCGCCUAAGAGUUUGAUGAAAACAGCUAAAUUAAAAAGCAGUCCGUCUCCAGAGAGGAAGUUUCACACCAAGAAGUCCUCUGAACUUCAAAAUACCUCUCCAAAACUAUCACCAAUGACUAGACGACUCCUGGAUAAGCAAGUUCUUUCAGAUAAAGGACCACAAAAACCUGAAGCACCCAAUGCUAGGCCAUUAACAGAGAGGAAACACCAUGAAACAAAAGCACUCCAGAGAACUUCCCCGUGGUCUAAAUCUCUAGAUAUGGCCUCACCACCUGGUAGGCAAAAACUCAGCAAAAAGCCGCUUCCAAGCAACCUCUCUGUGGACAGCCCUUCAGAACCAAACAAAGGGAAACCAAAGAAAACAUCAUCCCAAAUAGAAAGCCACCAAACAGCACAGAUGGAAGCUGAUAACAGUGAUGACGUUAAGGUCUCAGCAGGAGAUCAAGAUAUAUCUGUGAUACCAGAGUUGAACAUGAAGCCAGUCCUUGAGAAGAUUUGCUACUCAAUAAAAUCUAUAAGACAAAUGACCAAGAAUAAACGUCCAUCCUGUUUGGAAAAGUCCAACAGCUUGCCUGACUUUUCCUCUCACGUGGCCUCAACAUUUGGCUCCUCAUCUAAUGUUCUUCUUGCUUUUCUGGCUGUUAUGACCUUGAAGGAAGGCUUGACGAACCUGCAUAUGAGCGAGCUAAACGCAAACAACGUCAGCUGUGCAGAAGCAUUAAAAAUGAUUGAUUCUCUCAAAGAAAUUGCCAACAUCGAGGACUCCCAAAGACUGAGAACAAGUCUAUUGGAUUUGCAACAAUCAGCUUCAAUGCAGCUUCUGCAAAGCUGGAGGGGUUUCCAGGAACUUGGCGACAGAUCCAAAACACGCAGUGUAACACCUCACACUUCAGAAGCUGGACUUGGGACGACAGUAGUUUCUGAACUAGACUGUGGCAUUGGGGAAAAUGUUAUUAAUGAGAUUAUAGAAAAUUUAGACAUUCCUCAGAAGCUAAAGGAAGAGUUGGUUUCCCUUUCAGAAGGUGCAGAAGAUGAUGGUGGGCAUGGAGGAAGUAUCCCUUCUGCCACACCAAGGCUGUUUGCAGACCAAAGCAAUCAUGAAGACACGCAAAACAUUUCAAACAAAGAAUGUGUUGCUCAAGAUGACAAACAAAAUGCUGAUGUGAGGUCUAAUGUUACAAUAAUAACUAACAUUAACCAGCCAAAACAACCAGAAAUGGACAGAACUGAGGUGCUUUCAGAAGCAGCAAAAUACAAACCAUUAGGUCAAGCAACUGAGGACAAUGGGUGCCAAGAUUGGUCAAAUUCUGUUUCUAAUACCAAAAAUAUCCCACAAGAAAAGCAUAUUUGCAGGACCACAUCUCCAAACUUACAGUCAUGUAAGUAUGUAGCAAGUAAAGGUAAUCUGGAAAGACAUGAGCAGCACCAGCAGGCAUAUACGAGUGAGAAAUCAACACAAGAAAGGGAAAAAAAUAGUGGAGAUGUGUGCAGUGAGAAAAAACCUGUGAACCAAGAGCUGUACAUGGAUUGUAGGCAACUAACACAAAGUAAGAACAACUUAGAGACAGACUUAACCCAGAAUGCUAAAUCAGCUCCAGAUGAGGAAACUCAGACAAUACCAAGUGCCAAUCAAGAUUAUUGUGAGCAAGGUACAGAAAAGAGAGCAGAAGUUACACAUCCAGGGAUAAAACAAGAGAUCAGUGCAUGUUCUAACCUCGGUAAUCUGCCUGUGGAGAAGCAGCCAAGCUCAAAUUAUUAUGUAGAAGUUGAUGUAAAAGGGAAUAAGGCAAUAUUAAACACAGGUGGUGAAAAACUACAAGAGGAAGAUUCAACCGAGACUAAAAGUACAGUCUUACAAGGCCAAAUGUGCAGCAUGGGGUUAAGUUUAAGUACCGAUGACAGUAUAGGAAGCUCAGAUGUAGAAGAGACAUGUUCAGAGGAAGAGCAGCCAGAAGUUGAUUGUAAAAAACUGCAGGUUAUUGUUGAAGAAAGUUUGUCUGGCAAUGAGGAAGAGGAGGAGGAACCCCUUCCGAAGUUUGCAGAACAAACAAAAAAAGGCAGAGAGUUGGAGGCUUUGACAGAGGAGCCAGAGGAAGAUCAGGUUAGCUCAGAAGAUGAGGCCCAGUAUACCGAAGAGGCAGAACGACAAAUUUCUCCUGGAGGAGGCUCGAUUGAUCUAUUAGAAAAUUCUGAUGUAUGCAGCAAAAACGAGGACAGCAGUUUGAUAAUAUCUGAAAGUUUAGAAAAGAUUUUUAGAUUUAAUGUUGAUGACAGUGGCAAUGAUGACAGCACCUUUGAGGAACAUGUGGAUGAAGUGCAGCCAAAUGAUGAAGAUAAGCAAAAGAGAAGCUUAGUUGAAGAAAAUCUAAGUUACUAUGAACAAGAAUGUAGUUCUGAGGAGGAACAAGCAAGUAAAGUAGGAACAUUUAAGGAAAGCUAUGCACAAAAUCAAGAAAUUCCACUGAGAGCACAGCUGGAAGAGUCAAAUGAAGAGGCAGUUGUAGAAAGUCCUAAACAGCAGUCUGAAGAAGUCACAACCCAAUCUGUUGCAGAGCGAGUGACUCUUCUAGAAAAGCAGGUGGCUGAAGCCCAGAAAUCACAACUUGCACCAAAAAGUUCCACAAUCAGACAUUUCUCUCAAAGAAAAUCCGCUCCAGAGUCAGAAGAUUUUCCGUCUGAGUCAACCACGUCCGAGUUGGCUCUCUGCACCCGAUCGGCUCCUCAGUCAUCGUUAUCUUUCAGCUACGACUCGAGCGGUGUUAUAACCACAGAGCCUGAGGGAAGCAGAGUCAGAUCCAUUAGGGAAAUGUUUUUAGCAAGGACUGGCAAAGACAUCCAGCAGAGAGGCUUCCUGAGUCCCAGUGUAUCGGAGCUGAGAGGAGAGACCUCGGACAGUGGAGGUUAUCAGUCUCAGACCUCCAGCGACCUCUCGGGCGCUGAAGAUGACUCGGCACAGAAAUCCAUCUCAAAAGGUUUUGUGAGGAGGGCGAUCGAAAUGCUCUAUGGCAAAAAAGACCUUGAACCCGAGGAAGCCAGUGAAAGACCCCUUUCAGAGCCGGAUCAGACAAAGAGGGAACCUUCAAGCAUAUUUUCACCAUUCCAGGCAGCUAGAUCCAAAGCAAUGUCUGAAUUGUCCUACUUCAAUUCCUCCACUGCACUGGACAUCUUCAGUGAAGCAACGAAAUGCAUUGCUUUCAAUGCACAAGUGGGGCCUGGAGACAGUGUUCCUAUUGAUAACGGACGUUGGCUCCGUGGAGAAAACACAUCAAUGAGGAAGUCAGUGUCAGACCCAGCUGGAAUAAACAAAACCUUUACAAACACAUUUCACCUGGACGAAUUACAUAAAGACGCAGAAGAGAAGACUCCAUAUUCACUGUUCAGUGCAAAGCCAGAGUUAGAAGACGAGACCAAAUCCCAGCCUGGAAAGUGCACCUACUUCUCUCUGCCUCAUGCCAGCGAAUCAGAGGUGUGUCAGGAGGAAAUGAGCACUGUAAGCAAGGGCAGCAAGACUGAAGACAGUGAUGAAGAGACAAAGGACGCUUCAGAGAACAGCAAGACAUGGGCAGAGAGAAACGGCACCUUGCCCAGCAUUGGUGUUGCAGACUUUAAGAUGAAAGAUAAUAAAGUGCACCCGCUGGUGGAGCUGCCAUCUGAUGGUGAGGUUGUGGUGGUGCAGCCUGGGAAAGGUCAGGUUGUUAAUAGAAGAAUUCAAGAGCCUGAUGUUUUGGACUUGCUGUAUUCUUUCUGUGGGGAGCAUUGUCCCAUACUGUGAGAGUAAAAAGCCCUCUCACCCCAAGUUUUAGCUAUUACUAAAGAGUGCACAGGGUUACAGAGUAAUAUUGUCUUUGGUGCCUACAUUUUAAUGUCGUCAUGGCCUUGAAUGUCAACUAAUUUCAGCUAACUUCCAUGUAAAACAUCAUGCCAUAGUUGUGAAUUCACUACGUUCUAAAGAUGUGUGGAAAAGUCUAUGGUGACUUAGAUUUUACAGGUUUCAGUUUUUCAGGCUUCUCAUUGGAUUUUUCACUCAUUUUCAUAAAAUCAGUGACAGAUCUAUGGGUGUAGGCGCCCCAAGAAGAAUUUUAUUUUCUAGGCCUCUUCCAAGUCAAACAUUUCAGCCAUAUAUCAUGUAGAGUUAUUAUGGACAAUUACAUAUUUUAAGACUUUGUGGUACGUUUGAUUGCUAUGGCUAACACCUACUCAACUGACUGUUGGUGCUCUCAGGCCUACAAAGUUACCUUAUACUUCAGGUCAGCCUGAAGAAAGGAAUUUGAAACAAGUUCAAAUUAUGUAGGUAUAAACUCCCUUUGCAAAAUACAUGUUUCUAUAGGCAAUUUGUUUUCAGGCUGUUGCAAAGGCAUGACUAAUCCCAAUUUAUUUUCCUUUAUUUAUGAAAAAUUGCUCUUUUACCCUCUAUUCUUAGUUUUUAAGCACACAACCUGCUCAGAAACUAGAGAUCUCCAGAAAACAUGCAAAAAUAUUGAUAAGGGAAAGAUUGGGAAAUUACUAAAAUAUGACUGUCUGGCUGCCUGAUGGAAAACUCUAGUUUUCCUUCACAUCAUAUGUUUUAAGAGCUUGUCCACAUUUCCUGUAUUUGCCUGUAAAGAAAACCAGUCAGACUCACUGAAAUCUCACUAUAAAACUCUUUAGUGAGAUUUAAGUCCCUGCAAAAGUCUGGAAACAAAGUCAAUCUAAGUAGUACUGAGGGAGUUGGUGAGGACUACAAUUGCAGCUCAGGUUAAGCCUGGUUUCUUUUCUUAAAAUGAACCCGAACUGUAGAAAUUACUUGUAAAUGCUGUGGUUGUCGUGUAAAUAUAUUUUUAAUAGCUGGACCAAAAAUGUUACGUUUAGGAUGAAGUGAUUUAUGCUUUACAAUCAGGCAGCUGUGAUAUUUUUUGUCUUUUUAAGCUGAUGUGUAAGAAUAAAAGUGUGUUUGCAAGUA